AUGCCCAUCAAACCCCCCCGCGAUCGCUGCAGCUUCGAAAUCGCCCUGAUCUGUGCCCUGCCGCUGGAAGCUGAAUACGUGCAAGAAGUUUUUGACAAGUUCUGGGAAGAUGAAGGCAAGAAAUAUUGGAAAGCCCCGGGGGAUUUUAACACCUACACGGCUGGGGUGAUAGGGGAACAUAAUGUAGUUCUGGUCUACAUGCCCGGUAUGGGGACCACUAGUGCCGCGGCGGUGGCGGGCUCCUUACGCGUGAGCUUUCCAAACAUCAAGCUGGCUCUGGUGGUCGGCAUUUGUGGAGGGAUGCCCUACGGGACGGAUCAAGAGGAGAUCAUACUCGGCGAUGUGAUUAUGAGUCAAGCUGUCGUCCAAUAUGACUUUGGGAGACAGUAUCCGGAGGGAUUUAAGAGGAAGAAUGCUAUUCGAGACACUCUUAGUCAAUCAAGUCCGGAUAUCCGAGCUAUCCAGGCUAAGCUAGGGACCAGUCGGUACAAGAAGAGGAUGCAAAAUAACAUUACUACAUUUCUCCAAGAGAUUCAACGGAAGCUGCCAAAGACGAAGCAUCCAGGCCAAGAGAAUGACAUCCUCUACCAUUCAUUAUAUGUGCACCAUCACCACUCGCCAGCGAUGUGCGAUGAGUGUAAAGAACACAAGGUGAUAUGUGAACUCGCCAUCAAAACUGAAUGCGAAGACCUGGGCUGUGAGUCUAUCAUGCGAGUGACUCGUAAUCGCUUAAUGGGUGGAUCGACAACGCAACCGGAGGUUCACUUCGGCAUCAUGGGCUCCGGGAACACUGUGAUGAAAUCAGGACAACACCGUAACCGGAUGGCGCAAGCGGAUGGAAUUAUUGGUUUCGAAAUGGAAGGGGCAGGCGUAUGGGAUUACUUCCCGAGCAUUAUCAUUAAAGGCGUGUGCGACUAUACCGACAGUCACAAAAGGAAAGGAUGGCAACGAUACGCGGCAGCAACGGCAGUAGCGUGCACGAAGGCUUUUUUGAUGGAGUGGAACGUAGAGGGCGCAGCCACUGGUUCAGUUCCCUUUGGGAGAAAUUGGGAUUUCGUGGGACGGAAAGAGAUUAUAAGUCGGCUUCUCGAGACAGUUCCUCCCGACGUGGACAAGGACAGCUGCCAACGUACCGCCAUCGAAGGUCUCGGAGGCGUAGGAAAGACUCAGAUGGCUCUGGAGGCCGCUUUCCGUGUUCGCGACCAAUAUCUAAACUAUUCUAUCUUCUGGGUUCCCACCGUGGAUAUUACCAGUUUUGAGAAUGUAUACCGUGAGAUUGGCCAGAAGCUCCAGGUGCCGGGGAUCGAGGAGGGUGUGGCCGAUAUUAAAUCGCUUGUCAAGAAUGCAAUGAGCCAAGAAAGUUGUGGUAGUUGGCUCCUAAUUGUUGAUAACGCUGACGAUGUAGAACUCCUCUUUACCACUAAUAUAGCACUAUGCGACUAUUUUCCCGCCACAACGAAAUAG